AGCCUUUAAUUAGAUGACUGCGGGCCAUUCCUUUAAGAUAGACUGAUCACCACUGCCGCUCCCAUGCUGCUGCUCAGCGUAGUUCUAUUGGCUCAAUAAAGAAGCUCUACGCGCCUUUUUUUCAAAAAAAAAAAAAAACACAAAUAUUAAGUGCUUCACUUGGUAAAUUGUGAGUCCUGUGGCUAAGUACGGCGGGGUCAGAUGAAUUGGCGUUCAUUGUAACUUACACCUCAUGCUAGGUAAAUGAAUGAAUGAAUAAAGCAGUGCUGUUGGGUUUGGUGUGGUUCCGGCUAGAACGAAAACAAGCUGCUCUAUCUAGUGCUUAGGGCCGCUCUUCUAUCUAGUGCUUAGGACUAGAUAGAAGAGCGGCCCUAAGCACUAGGUCUAGGCUUAUCUUGUCCGGACUGGUCGAAUCUAAGGCCGUUCUGAGCAAGAGAGAGCCGCUCGCUGCCAGCUUCGAACUUCCGAUGGUUGCGAUGUUGCUGGGAUGUGGCUUUUCUACUUCUGUGGUUCCUGCAUCCCAGCAACAUCAGAGCAGCUUCAUCCUCUACUAAAAAACAAAGCAGGCGAUGAUCUGCUAUACUUUUCUCUUGUACAUCAACUGACAGGGACAGGGUGACGCGUAGUCGUCUGUAAAGAUGAGACUAUGUUGACUAUGAGUGUUAUGAAAUUAUCAUGAUGUAAAAAGUGAUAUUCUACAAACAAAACAAUAGUUUUUGACGACGUUUUUUAUUUGCUACCUAGUACAAGAGCAUCCUUAGAGAAGAUGACGUCAAAGACGACCUUAAGCAAGGCUGUCAGUAAGGCAUGGGCUAAAGCCAAUCACGCAUCCACCGCCUCUACACCUGUGGCUCCUGGAGAUGCGGCCGCGUCUGGCAGCACGACAAGCACUGGCACUCCUGGCGGAGGAGGGACUUUCCGGCAGCCACCGCCAGCGUCUGGCAAACGUCCAAUGAGCACAAAAGAGGGGUUGUAUGCGCUCAUGAACCAGAACAGGAAUAAGGCCGCGACUGCUGCGGCCGCUGGUGCGGCCGCGCAAGCAGGAAGCGGCCCAUCAACCUCCAAGAUGCUCUCUGAGAGUGCGGCCGCGCAAGCAGGAAGCGGCCCAUCAACCUCCAAGAUUCUAAAGGAUGACCCGAUGAGCUACAUCGCAUUGGAAAUAAGCUUACUGCUAGCUGGAGGUAUGCUCUUUUUUCUGUUUUGCCUUGCAAGUCAGUGUGUCGUGGUACCCCUCCUUUCCCAUUCUUGUGCAUAAAUAUAGUCUAUGAUCAAUCAUCCCCGGUUUUUAGCUGAAAACUUUGAUUAUGAACCCGACUCACUGCCAUACUUCUUCUAAUUGUUUUCGUUUCUUUGAGUCCAACCAUGGGACACCUUGAGAAGAAACUGUUUUUGGAGUGCCUUUAGCAGGCCCCUUUGAGAUGUUUUAGUUUUAAUGUUUUUUAAUGCUGUAGUGUUUCAUCGGAUGACCCUCCGAAUUCCUGAACCUGUAUAAUAAUAAUGUCAUCACUUUUUUUUUUCAACUGUCACCUGUCAGUAGAAGAGAGACUUACAACCCUCUUCCCGAGGACUUCAUUAGGUAUUUUUCUUGAUCAAUAAGUCUGAAUAGUUCUGUAGUUAACCUUAAGUCGAUAGUUUGUAUUCGCAAGAUCCUUUUCUCUUUCCCGGAUCUAUUCCCAGUAGAAAUUGUUUCCUAUCGCUAAACCCUGACCCCCUUAGAUAUCGUUUCUUAUCUGAUGAUGGUGCGAAUCUACUCGGCAGUUUGCCUAAGAUUUCCCUGAUGAAUUCUACCCGCUAACCUAGCUUGUUGUUGGAUUGUUAGCGGUUUCCCGAUUGAGAUUGUUCCUGCUGUUCCUGCUGAUGUAGAACGACGAUGGUCAGGCUUUUGCUUAUUUGCUAUCGUUUCUUAUCUAGCCCGCAUUUCUUUCACUCAAUAAUUGGCCUUAGUUGUAAGACUCAAGCUCACGUCAACCUAGACUUUUAGGUUCAAAUAUCUUUUAGAUUCAACUACUACCACCUUUCGUCUUAGGCGUGAACCUUUUGAAUUACUCACGGGUUCCAUGAUCAAUUACUCAGGUUCCUUGUUAACCUCAACUUCAUCCAUUACUCAGGUUCCCUCGACCACGCUUUGAAUUACUCACGGGUUCCUUCAACAGAGGACUUUUUUCAUCAUAUUUGUUGUAAUUAGGUUCCUUUACGCGACUCUUGGAGGAUGAUAUCAAAGGCUGGCUCACGCUGCUAUCCGAAAAGCUGCAGGCGUUGGAGUGCGCUACACCGAAUGGUGCGAGUAGUGUCAUCAGAAUGCUCUCAAACAAGGCUCGGUCCUCAGGUACUAUAGCUCCAGAUAGUUGCACUUUUUAAGUACUUUUUGUGUACCUGAAAGAACAACAUAUAAUCAUGUCCUGCCAUGUUAUGUCGUAAGGAACAUAGUGUCUUCUAUUAGGUUCGUCGGACGGGGAGCAAGCUUGGACGUUGAUGUUGCGCUACGCGUACAAAUAUGCGGUCAUUGGAAACGAGAAGGAAGCUUUGAAAGAGUGGAAGUCACGCCAUGUUUAUCUUCGAGAUGAAGAAACCGGAUUGGCAUUGAUGUUAUGGCGCUGCUCUCUUUCAUUGUUGUAGUUAUAAACAGGACGUUAGUUAAAAAGUUGUACAGGAACACGGCUGAACGGCCUCAGACACGUUUGAAGAACGUCCUAGGUAAGAGCUAAAAUGGCCUGACAUAGGCUGUUCCAGUUAAACAGGUCGUGGCGUUAUGCUGUACUUAUUUUCAUCGUAGUUCUUGUUAAACAGGAGGUCGGUCAACAGUUGAUUCAUUCAGCCUUUGAUCGUUCUUGUUAAACAGGAGGUCGCUCAAACUGUCACUGGUUUCUACUGGUCUUCGAUCAAACUCGAAGAACCGUAAGAACCGUGGGUGCUGGCCAAGAAUCGAGACGCUCUUGGCACAGGCCCAAUAUUACCUUCGUUAUCAUGUAAUGCCCGCGACUGUAGUUGAGACAACCAUGUAGUGGCUGCGACUGUCAGUCAGUUGGUUGCAAUGAUCUGAUUACACGACUGAGUACUGGUUUUUCCAGUGUCUCACUAGGUAGUGGCGCAGUCGUUACCCACGAGGUACUCAAAGUCGCAUUGAUUGGAUGGCGCUAAUUUUCGUUCCGGCAGCAUCAAACAGAAACGCUGGGAAACAGCCCAUAUCUUAAGACUGUUACUCGACAUUAAUAGGAAAUAAGCGAGAAACUAACUGAAAUAACCUACCGAUUCUCAAAUAUAACUGUCUGUUGCCGUUGCAACCGCACAGCACUACGCGUCCAUUUUUGCAACCGUUGUACACCACGGCUCGAUGCCAUUCGUUGUUGAUCACCACCAUCGCCGGUUGUGUCCUUCUAAUGUAUCGCGAAAGCUCUGGAUAAGAAAUGGAACAAAGCUCUGGAUGGGACAAUUGGAUUCCGUCCGUGGAAGUCGGAUGAGUUAGCUGUCAUGGCGAACUGGGCUAGGAGUCGACGAUCUCUUAAAGUGGAUGCCAUAUUGUCUUCACAAGCACAAGCACAAGCACAAGGCUCAAGUUCAAGUUCUUCUAAAAGCAAGAAGAACAACUUCAGCACCUCAUCUUCUAGACCACGAACACGAAGUCCGAGUCCGACGACGAGCUCCUCCGCGGAGUCGUUUGGCGCCUUUCUUACUGCUGUGGCUAGAUACAUGCAGAGGGAGAGCGAAGCAGUAUUAAGGCUACUACUACAAGAAUAAGCGCAUCACUGUAAGCGAUCGAUCUAGUACCAAACCUAUCAUGAAAUUCAAGGAUCGGCUUGGUAGAUCGAUCGCUUGCAAUCAUCUUCCCUUGAUGCAUCUUGAUCCUCCCGUUUUCAAUGGAGAGGAGGCAUCCCAUGAUGCAUCUUGAUCCUCCCGUUUUCAAUGAAAAGGCAUCCCAAGAUGCUCAUCUUGCAGAAGAUGCCACAUCAUCUUGCAGAAGAUGACCUCUUGCUAGGUAAAUGAAUGGAUGAGUGAAUGAAUGGAGGAUGCUCUAACAGUAACGUUAGUCGAAACCCCUGCAGAUAGAACGCAUAUCCACGACGAGCGUGCUCAGGCUGUCGACGAGUUCUGGGGCAAUGCUUUUCCACACAUCUUAGACAGAGCACAGUUCAUUAUGACGUCGAGUACAGUAGUAAUUCAAGUAAGUAUUCGAAAACUGAAAAUAACCGAGUUACUGACUGAAAUAAGGGAGGUAGCUAGCUUUGACAAGGCUACUCUUCCUUUUCAUCAGUAUCUCGCUUAUUCUGAUCAGUUACGUGCUUCUUUCAGUUUUUCGAUUACUAAUUCAAGUACUUACAAAAAAACUUGCAAGCUAAGUACUCUCUGGUUGAACUUGAAAAAUGUCGUGGUGUGUAUUUUCGAGAGGUAAUAUACCGACACAUCGUUCUUGUGACAGCUACACUAGGUGGUCAGGUCGUCAUCCAUGAUACUCGGAGUCGACCUAGGUAAAAAUGUGCAGCAAAUUAUAUGUAGCUAGUCAUGUACACAUGAAUAGCUUUAAUCUUUCUUCCAUCUUGGCGGAGGGAACACGACUGGGCGAUACUGAGUUUCUGCAAGAGUUAUGGGAUUCGUUUGCGGAGCUCCCUUCCGUCAGAACCGAGAAGGUGAAUGGUCUGCCUUUGCCACAUCAGACCUCUUCUCCUAGCUCUACUUCUACUACAACAAUUAGGCCCACCAGUAUUGGGCCUUUGUUUGCGGUUUUGGAUGCUCUUUGGGCUGAUCAUUUUGGUGGUACAACUGCAUCAGCUGUUGCAUCUCUGGUUUCUCUUAAAGAUAACGAUGAAGUUGUUCUUCAACAUGCUCAAGAAGAAGAUCAUCCCUGCGGAGGUUGGAGCGCUGGGCCGCCUCGUCCCGCGCAGACCCUAGAAUCCUUUUUCCCAGAGGAUGAACUUCAAGUUGUAGAAGAUAAUGAUUUAGAAGUACAACAACUAGAGGAUCAAGAGGUGGAUGACGAUUUGACCCCAGGCACGCAUAUUCGUGAGCGCACGCGGAAGCGCAAGGUCGGAGUGGACCGAGGACGGGCGCUCGGCCGCGACGACGCGACCAGCACCCGUUUUGUUGGCGACACCCGUUCUGCAGAACAAGCACUCUUUGCCAAUGUGCGACGGGGAAAAAAUACUACCCAUGCGCCCAAGGACCUUUAUCUUGAGGCUUCCUCUGGUGAAGAGGAAGACGAGCCGCCUAUGGCGUCUGGCCGAGCACCUCCGCCACCGCCACCACCACCAGCUCCGCCGAAGUCGCGUUGCAAGUCUGCAGCGCGAGUGGAGAGCGUGAAAGACAUCGUCACCCAAGGGGCUGAUAAAAGAAAGCGCGAUACUAGAGCAGAUGUUGUCAACGGAGCUGGUAAAGAACAAGAUGAACAGCAGGAAGGCGCAUCUGCUGCGUCGUCUACCUCUGCUCGACAACAUCAGGAAGGCACUUCUAAUAAUAAAACUGCUAGUACUUCUAAAAGCGCUACGUCAGAUGAUCAGGUGGGCAACCCACCAAGGUUGAAAAAACUGAGAAAAGCAGACACAACUGACCGUGUGAAAGAUCGAGAAGAGCCUCCAAAAGAUCGAGAGAGGGACCGGGAUCGCAGAAAAGACGACCACGCUGAGCGUGAUCGAGAUAGACGCCCAUCUCUACGGUACCCCCGCAUAGAGUCAGUGUCGCCUCCAUCUCUACGAUCCCGUGAUAAGGCUGAUGACUACCUCAAUCGAGAACGAGAGCGGAAGCGCGACAGGCAUGAUACAGACCGGGACCGUGAGCGCACUAAAGAAGAGCGAGAGCGGGAUCGACGACACAGGGAUCGAGAGCGGGAUCGCGAUGCUCGCCAUAAGGACGACCGCGAUCGACUGCGCCCUCGCCGAGCAGCAACUCCACCGCGUCGCUUCUCGCGAUCAACAGCGCGCGGUCGGGCAGAAGCGGUUGCGAAGCCAGAGAAGCGGCAGCGCAGUGAAUCUACCCGUGUUGAGCAAGAUGAGAAAGAAAAGAAAGAGAAGAAGAAAGGCUUUCAAGGUAGUGUCAGUGAGGAGGAUGAGGGAGAUGAGAAGGAGGAAUUCAUUUCGUCUCGUGAUGAGAACAGGUACAAGGCUGCCAUGAAGGCGAAAGAGUCCCCAAGAGGGCCACAAGCGCAGACCCCCUCUACCACAUCGCCAGUGCUAGCUCCCAACUCAGGCCAAGCGCUCUCCUUGAUGGGCGCACACCCCAUGGGAGCGGUAGCAGGUGCGCUUCCGCCACCUGUCCACUCUGCCGCCCGAGUGCUCGCGUCGCCACACGUUGCCCCGGCGCCUCUGGGCCCUGGUGGCCCCAUGGGGACGGUGGUGCUGGGCGCGGCCCAGUUCGCCAGUCAGUACGACGCCGCGAACAGUAUGUUUAGCAAUCAGUACGCGCCAGAAGUACUGGCGGCGGAGCGCAAGGAAGAAAAACGCGAGGAAAAGCGCGAGCAAAAAAGGCAAAAGAAGCUUGCUAAGGAGAGCAAAGUUCUAGCCGACGAGAAUGGAGACGAGGCUACAACAACGCCUUGUGUGGUAGUUGUUGCUGCGGACGACGAUGAGGACAGGAAGAGCAAAAAGCAAAAGGUGGAAACUCAGGGAACUUCGAAGGACAAAUCGUCGAAUUGUAACGAAGGAAUGGGAACAACAAAGGGAAGAACUACCAUUGAUAUGACCGCGGGGAACAAUGCUAGUCGUAUCUCCUCCAAGAGUACGCCUCGCAGCGACGCAGAGGGCCAGCGUCGGCCACCACGUGUGUCGGUGGCCCAAACCACCACGGCAAAGUCGAAACCUCCUGCGAAACAGGACAACAAGGAUCAUGAACAGGUGGAAGAUCGUGGACAGGCAAGAAAUCCACAACAAGUACCAGCCAAGGCGCGAAGCGUCCAAACCACGAAACUGGCUCUUGCCCAACAUCAAGAUUCCUCUACAACGAAGCAGGGCAAGCAAUCUGAUCAAUCUGUGGACAGGCAGAAGGAUCACGUUGCAGGUACUAGCAGCAGCGCCUCGUCUCCAGGCUCUCCUCGGCCGAGAGCAGCCUGGGGAGCAGGAUGGCAAGAAAAGAAGACGCUCGCCACUAGUCCCGACGGCGAUGCCUGGGACCGCGCUGCAGAAAAGUCUCCGCAAACGACAAGAACAUCUACGGUAUUUUUAUUGUCUACUUAUCAUGAUUAUCCAACUUGUUGUAGAACAAGUAGAUAGAAGUAGAACAGACUAAGCUAUUAAAACUCGUGCAAGAUGUAUGUUGAUAGGCAAUAUCAUUCGAAAUUGUUCUGUCUCCAAAAACGUUUACCUUAUUAGGCCGCUUCGGGUCAGCGAGCAGGCGCAGUAGGCGACUCUCGCGGCUCCAGUGACGAAGGAAAAGGCGGUAAGGAUGCGUCAGAACAAGGGCCACGACCUGAAGACGGUCCUCUAGUCGAAGAGGAGAGACCUGGUGCUGGUAGUACAACUGGUGUUUCAUCUUCUUUUAAGGGUAGGUUAAAGGUGCUUUUCUUACCGCUUUUUAUGCCUCUCCUAAGGGAGAAAGGCAUAAAAAGCGGGGUAAGCAAGCACCAAAAACCUACCUCUAAUUCUUCUUCUUCUUCCACUCUGCUAGGCAACGGGGAAAAGGCUGCAGACUCAGCCACAACGAUGUCCUCCGGAGGAGGGGGUAAGUUAGAAUCGGACUACAAGCUACGACGUGAGCUGGAAAGAGCUCGUAAACAGCACGCAAAGACGUAUCCGACGCUGCCGGACGGUGGAAAAGUGAAAGAACCAGAAGCGUGGCUUCCCGAAUUUGGCGAUGCGAAUUCGUCGAUGUUGUGCUGGCUGCCGGGUUUCGUGCAAGUGCCGACACCAGAUGUUGUAGGUAAGAAGUGGUCUUUCGCCCAAGGCAACGGCCUCGCGCUGGUCAGUGACUGCUUUCCUAAGCGGAUGCAAAUGCAAAAUGUGGACUUGCAAGUGCAUCCUGGAACGGACUGGGAACACGGAUGCGCGCAGAGUAUGAAAAUAUGGGGUCGACUCAAAGCGGAGUGCCCCAAUCCGCUGGAGAACCGGUACCCAGUGUGGUUCCAGCUGAAACAGGGCACUGACCGUGGAAUUCAUCCGACGCGAGUUCAAUUCGCCCGUCAGGUGGACGAAGCGCACGAAGCGGAACUUACCGCAAUCAAGGAGGACUACGAACAAAAGAAAGCAUCUGGUGGUGGUGAUCAUCACAGUGCGAGUCCGCCUCCUUGGAAGAAGAGCUCAUCGUCAGGAGGAGCACACAAAAAUGGUCUUCUAGUAGGCCCUCCUGCACCAGCAGCAGGAGGAACAUCUGCCACGACGAGCAAUGCUAAUAAGGUGAAAGUAGUAGCAAAGAAAGCAGGAUCUUCUAUACCGCCACAAUUACAAAAAAAACUUACGACCAAAGGCGCAGCAGCACCAGGCCAGAUGAAUGCAACAAAUUAUGCAACAAAAGAGCUCGCCGUCGGUGCUACUCCUGCUUCAGCCUCUGCUUCUGACGGGGAUGUGCAGCUCUUCGAUCCUCUUGCACCUCCGAAAGUCUCUCCUGCUGCGACUGCAUCGGUGCCACCACCUCAAGAGCAGCAAGUUGAAGUUCCUAAAGAUGACAUCCAAGCUCUGCUCGAAAUCGCCUUCCCACCUGAGGCAAAUGAAGAGGGACAGCUGCAAACCAACAACAACAUAUUUCCUACAACAGGACGAUCAUCAGGAGCAGCAAACCAAGCUCCUCCUGUUGCGCCGUUCAUACCGGAUCUGGCCAAAUUAGAAAAGGAUUUCUGGGGUGACAUGGAACACAUCGAUAACUCGAUGAUGGGUGGUUUUAAGGCUCGUAAAUUUAAAAUAGUAAAUAAAAUCUACUUAAAUAAAAAUAUGUUUGUUUAAUAUUAAAAAUCGUACUUUGUAACAGUCUAACAGAAUGAAGGGGUCAUGCUCUGACUCUGUUGCAGUCUAACAGAAUGAAGCAAAGAUGUUCUGACUCUGUUACAAUCCAAAGAACAUCCCCUCUGACAUGAACAUCCUCAUGUAUCCGAUCACAGGACUUAAUUAUGGACAUCUGGUGGGGAAGACCUAUUCGAAAACAACUCAGAAUAACCGAGUUACUGAAUGAAAUAAGGGAGGUAGCUAGCUUUGACAAGGCUACUCUUCCUUUUCAUCAGUAUCUCGGUUGUUCUGAUCUGUUACUUGCUUAUUUCAGUUUUUCGAAUACUUUAUUCCGUUACAUUUAAUCGUAUCUAUAAGCUACGUGCCUGCUGUCUAUUUUUAGAUAUUAACAAACUACAACUGCUAGCAGCGCGUCGCAUAGUCUAGGAGCUGGUAUGCUAGCUAGCGGUAGGCUUCAUGGAUGGCUAGCAGAUCUCAUGUCCUCUUGGAUGUAACAAGAUUUAACAAGUUCCAUUGUAAAAACGGGUUCGAUUGUCCUCCUCCUCUAAUUUUCUCGCGGUUUCGGCAAAGCUCAAUGUGCCUCUGACGCAGGUCUUGCAGAUGAUAUUUAAGAUGCCGCUGGCCCUUUUCGCAUUCUCUUUUAUUGACGAGUGGAUUGGACCGGACACCGACGACUCGAACAUCCGCGAAAGAAUCCUUAUGGCUCCUAUAUUAUACUAGUACUGGGAUAAAAAUUUUUACUAGAAAGACGAGAUGAGUAAUUCAAUGGGAUAAUUACUAGAAGUAAUCGGAUAUGUUUUGUGAUUAGUUGUACUAGACGAGUAAUUGAAUCCUGUUGAAGCCCGAACCUGACCUAUUCGAAAACUAAAAAUAAGCAACACUUGAACUACUGAGUUCAAUAAUAGUGCUAAGUUGGUAGCUUUGUUAAUAGAAAGAGCACUUUACUCGGCUUCGGUUACUUCAGCUAAAUUAUUGUGCUGCUUCCUACCGCUGUUGUUCCCCUGAAUCUACUUCUGACUUCAUGAACUGUAGGGUUAGUAGUACUCUCACCUACUUAUAAUAUAUACUUAGCCUUUGGCCGGGCUUGUUCCAGCGCCUCCUCUAAGAGACGACGCGAUGCACCUAAUCCAGUCCUUUGCUCAGACGUCACCGUCAGCAGUAUCGUCGCCUUGGCCAAGCUUGCUGGCUGGCAUGAUUUGGGUCCCAUAGAGAGGCUCGUCAAGGUGAAAGAGGAGCUCUUCGAAAAGUACCCGAGGAAGAGAACCGACGGACCAAUGGUAUUGAUACUUAAGGGUAGGUUAAAGGUGCUUUUCUUACCGCUUUUUAUGCCUCUCUCCCUUAGGAUGAGAAAGGCAUAACAAGCGGGGCAAGCGAGCACCAAAAACCUACCUCUAAGAUACCAAAAGACCCCAAUAACCAUAACCCAGAACAACAGGCGGCACAGGGUCCGCAGCUUCGCCGAAUGUCGCUUGUGGAGUUCGAUUUUGAAGUGAUAAGGCACUUUAGCCUUCAACAAGCGGCCGAACCUCCUAUAACAGCGGAGAAGAUUCGCUGUACGCGGACACUCGCGGAAAGCAUACUGCAGACGAUUCUUAAGUUAGGACCACAGAGAGAUUCAAUAUUUUUGUCACUUAAGUUAGGACAGAGUAUAAGUGGCGAGAUUCAAUAUUUUUGUAUUUUUCUAAGUCCGCCUUGUUAUACAACUACUAGUUAUCUUCCCGCGAUAGUUUUUCGUUCUCUCUCCUCUUUUCCAAAAAACCUCACAGCCGAAGCUCGCUGAUUGGUACACGAAAUGACGUUGAUGCACGUAAAGAUAAUGGAGUGAUCACAACGUCUGGGCUAGUACAACUUAUAAUUAGCAUUGUAAGUCUAAGUCCAUCUUCCGAAUCAUCUUUGUUCUGUUUCUCAAGGUUUUUUCCCACCAAGCAAUAACCGCUUAUAAUUUUUCCUCAAUCUGCUUUAUCUUCAAGUUCAAUAUCAAUCAAUGUGGGAAGUCCCAGGUAACUCCUUCCAAUUUAUCCUAGGUAACUCCUUCCAAUUUAUCCUAGGUAACUCCUUCCAAUUUAUCCUAGGUAACUCCUUCCAAUUUAUCCUAGGUAACUCCUUCCAAUUUAUCCUAGGUAACUCCUUCCAAUUUAUCCUAGGUAACUCCUUCCAAUUUAUCCUAGGUGCAAUUUAUAUUAGGUUGGCUCGGUCCUCCUCUUCAGACUUCAAGUACAGGGUUGAUAGUUUUGUGCCUCACUUAAUACAUACAGUGUUCUACCUCACUUCUACCUUUCGUCGAUGAUGUGAGCUCUCCUAGUCACAGGUGUGUGUGCUCUCCUAGUCACAGGUAUGUCACAUGCUCUCCUUGGUACUUCGGCAAGUUCUAAUCAAGCUGCCUAACGUGAGGCACGAGGUACAGGAUUAUGUACACGGAAAGAUGCGACUGGCGUUGGCAGACUUUGUGGCGAGGAAUCCUGUUGCUGGGCACGCGCCGGCUGACUACUUACCUGAACAGUGGAAAGAAAUCCAGCGUCAGAUCGCUUCCGGAAAUUAUCGAGAAGGUGUAUUGAUUAAGGGUACAACAUCAAGAAAUCCAUCUUCAUCUCGAUGAUCUACCCAACCAGCAUGAUGCUUGUGGUGGAUGCAGGUCUGCGUCUGCACACACUACCUAGUAGCUAGAGUAAUCUCCUCCUUACACAAACAUUAUAAUAUUAUGAGUACUUGUUAGUUUUACCUCGUCUAGAGACUUAGCCCUUCCAACAAUAUCAGUACUUGUUUCUAGAGACACGUCGAAAAGAGGCACCAAGAUACUUCUGAGGAUGGAUUUCUCAUAGAAGGUGGUCUAAAUUGAAGGAUCAAUACAGAGAAAAAGCGUGGGAAAAGCUACAAGGUGCUGUGGCCGGCGAACAAAAAACAAGAGCAAGGGUGAAGCAGCUUCAAGCUGCUUCAAGCGGGACGGCACAACAAGUACUUACUUAAUGUUACCAGUGCUAAUCUGUACUAAUGGUAUUCUACUAACCUGUGCUAAUCGUCUCUAUGAAUUAUCUAACCUAUGCGAGAAGCCUUAUCAAUCUACGAAUAUGUUGUAGUAAUGUAGAAGUAGAUCAUGUUCUUGUGCUGAUGUAGAAUAUCAUGUUAAGGUCCUUUGCAACAAACCGAUUACUUAGGUUAAAUUACUUAGAUUAUUACUCACCGCUAGUACUUACUUUACGAAAACAGAUCAACGGCCUGAUUGCGAACCCGAUGAUCGCUCAGCCCAGGGCUUCUCCUGUUGGAUCCGAUGCAGCGAAAUUCUUGCUCAAUAGUAACUUGAUGUCUGCAGUGUCAUCAGUCGCCGAACGCGGGGGGUCUGCCAGUGGAGGUGCUAAUCCACCAGCAAGUACUUCUGCUGGUGGUCUGCUGAAUUUGAAUAGGACCGCUUCGUCGUCGUCUCAUUCUAGUCAGCAGAUGAAUGCUGGAGGUAACUAUAAUUACAGCAGAGAGGAGUGGGAAAAGUGGUUCGCAGGAACAAAAACGAACCAACAGGAAAGCCUCUCAGCACAGCAAUUGUAUGGCGAUCUCUCCGCGUCGUCCAAUGCGGAUGAUGUGAACAAGACCACCACGUUGAUGUCUUCAACUACUAGCACUGCACCACUCAACAUUGCGACGUCCUCGUCUGGGUCUUCCUCCUCCUCCUCGAAUCUCCAGAUGGGUACGUCGCAGUUUGGAAGCCUCAUCGCUGACCAAAAAAAACAAAUCUACGAUGCAUUCCACAAUCCUGGCCAUCCUGGCUGUGGUACAAGUGCUCCUGCCGUAACAUCAUCGACAGUUCUUGCCUCUUCAUCAACCAGCGGAUCUACUUCUUCGAGCGCUGUAGCCGCUGGAAGUCUUCUUGCUGCAUGUGGAAUGAAGAUGGACAAAAAAGAUACAAACAAGUCCUCUCAGAUGACGGAUUCGGCUCCUCAUGAUGGUCCUGGUCGUGCCGCAGGUGAAAAAACGAAAACCUUCACAGGAGGCAUGGACCUCAGCAAAGAGUUUGACAUCGGUGAUGAUGACGUUAAGGCAACCGAGAACGCAUCCUCAGCGUCAUCCUUGGCCUAAACCCUUAAAGGGGUCGUAUGGCCCUUUUUUAAAGGGGAAAAGUCCUCGCCAGGGAUGGCGCCAGGGGUGCGAACGUGAUGUUGGCUCUAAUGAUGGCGACGAUGACAAGACGGAAGACGAGAAAUCGAUGUCCGAGUACAACUUUGACGAUGACGAAGAGAAUUUAUCGAAAAUGGACGCCGAACUCGGUCUGACUACGUCAUCAAGGCAAAAACAGAAUCCGGGAGCUCUUCAAAACCAAAGGAUGAACAAGAAUAGAGAGAAGACGAAAACUACCUCUGAAGCAGGACAAGGACAAAAUGCACACGACCAGCAAAUGCCGCAUGAUCUUCUUGAUGAAGACGAUCAUUUACUUCGUCAGCCUACGACGAGCGAGCAACACGUUGAAACAGGCCCUUCGUUGUCAAACCCUUUCCUCGUGGAGGCCGAGCCCGAAAUAGAGCCGCAGGAGAGCCAGGAAGUAGAACACCACGACCAAGAAGUGGAACAAGAGAAGCGUCCCCCAGAAGUUAUGGCGACAACCGCAGUCGCACAUGCUGCAUCCUUGUUGUGUUCUUGAUGUUGUGAGUGGGACCAUCUUCCGUAUCCUUCUCUAGGGUAAGUAGCUAGUCCUCUGUUUCAAGCCUUUUGAAAAGAGGACAACUGCUGCUACGAGGAUGCUCCCACAAGUCAGACAAGGAUGUUGACAAUGCGACUGCGACCGCAGCUACUGUUCUAAAGAUAGAGCAGGUGCGCCAGCAUUGAAUUGCCAAUGGAGGCAGGGAGAAUUGGAAGAGAUCAUCUCAGAGUUGGAGUCGAAGAUUGCGGAAAGCGAAGCCGUCUUGAAGAAUGGUCUUACCUCAAUCGAAAAAGACAAAGCAUUGGAGACGUUCGCGAAGCUCCAAAAAGUCGACGAGGAAAAAAAAGCACUAACCAAGGAACUCGAAACGCGAAAAAAAGAGCUAGCAGAUCUCAUCUCUGGCUUGUCAAAAGCUCCAUCCUCCGCAGCAGCAAGAGAAGAUGGCCCUGAUGUGACGACGACCGCAUCCGCACACACCAUGUUGAACCUGAGAACGGCACAAGCUCAACCAUUAUACCCUUCUUCAUACCAGAAGAUGAGUCAUGAUCAGAAUACAGGUCAACCCAGGAACCCACAUUCGCUGAGUGACGAAGAGUUGGCCGAGGUACAGAGAAGGAUGCAAGCUUCACGCAAUAAGCAGCUUCCGUUUGGAUGGGGACCAACUACACGGAGUGGCACGAUGGCAUCUUCUAGUACUACUUUAGCGCACAAUAUCAAUAACGCCUCUUUUUCAAAGGUGGGAGGACCUUCCGAGGAUCUCAACGCACUUGGACAGAUAUUGGAAGAAAUCAAGAGUACCCAGCAGCAGGUUGGAGCGGCCGCAAGUGCCGCCUCUAGCAGUGGUCUCGUGCCUCCGAAGAUUCAGAAUCGCUAUCCAUUACCAUUGCGUCCCAACAAUGCUGGUGCGUCUUCUGGUGCUCCUUCAGUACCAACAACAACAUCAAGCGGGGGCACAAGAACUAGAGCAGUAGGGAUUACAAGGGAGCACCCCCUUCUGGCUCGAACGGUUUCUCGUGAGAAAAGCAACAACGCUGCUGCUAAUUUUCGCGCUGCACAGCGGGUGAACGUCAUGCUCCCGCCACCGACCUUAGGGCAGACGCCAACGCGCUCUCCUCACUCGAAUGAAGCAGACACGGCGGCCUCUUCUAGCGUUCUUCCGCAGACGUCAGCGAUUGCGCCCAACGCGGGAAACAAAGCGAAGGAAGGUGAUAUUGCUAGACGCUUUUUGCUUUCUUUCUCGUAUGUUGUUCCUUGUAUUUUUAUGAAAACGGAGGUCCAAGUUGAAGUUGAUCAUGAUGAUCUACUGUUUUCAUUUUGCAUGUAGAUGAACGAAGUCGAAGUUAAAAGAAACUUGGGCUUCCUAUCUGGUCUCAACUCGUCGGCUUUCCUCUAUUGUAUACGAGUACUUCCAAAUUUCUUCUACCAGGUACUACAGUUACUACACCAGCAGCAGCGACGAGGACUCCAACGCCAGCGGAGGCCGUUUUGCAGCAACUCCGUGAAGUGUUUCCGAAUCAGACCGAAGCGCUGGCGAGGCAGUUUAAGGGAAGUGCUGGCAACAGUAUGGCCGCCUUGGAUGAUGAGUGGCUGCUAAGAUUACUGCUUGGGUUUUGCCGGCAACUAUUGGCGGAAGGCGGAGGGCAGCAACGAACUCUCUCCGCUACCGCGAAAAUUCAGUGCCGCACCAUCCUGCAACGCUGCAAGUUCGUCAAUUAUGUUGGUCGCCUUUACGACACGAUGACUGGUAAUAGAGAUUGCUCUUCUGAAUUUUAUGGCCAGGCAUCCAUCGUUUGAAGAUUCUGUUUUGCUUUUCGUUUUUCUGAAUUUACGACUCGUUAGGUUGAUGAUCACUGACUGACACCAACUCGUUGAGCAUCUGAUCACCGUCAGCAAGUCGCUGAGCAUCAUCGUCUAGUCCUCUACAACUUCUUUCUUCCUGAACAGAUCUGCGCUCAAAGAGGGAAAUCUCGGAGGUGAAGAAAGUCUGGGGUGGCGGCGGUUGGGCAAAGGUGUUAGAAAAGUUUCCGAUGUUUUUCGAGGUACAGUGGUCCGAUCAGCUCGUUGUUGGCCUCAAAGGGCCGUAUCCCUUGGAAGGGCCACAAGCUGCGGCUGAAAGACUAGCAUACAAACCAGCACAAGCUGUUCCCAAUGCCAUCACUAACAUUAAGGGACCUCGUAAUUAAUAUAUAUGAAUAACAAAGUUUGUCUUACCGUUAUAAUACCCUUACCCUCCCUUAAACCCCCCCCUUUGAACCGUUGCGCCGACCCUUAUGACCCUUACGCCCCCUCCUUGCGAUACCCUUUGAGACCCUUGCGACACCCUUACAGCCCCCCCCUUACAGCCCCCCCUUAUGAAGCAGGCGACCCCUUACGAUUUCUCCCCCCUUUGUGACCCCCUUACAAGUUGGCACCUUUUUCCAACCUCUUCACCGUCGAACUCCGCAAAGUGCGCGCACUCCUUCGCACUCACUGCCAGCGCUUCUCCUUGAUCUGAUGGCGUUCGGGGUGUCGCGGCUUUUGCUCAUCCCCUCACGCCGCUUGCCCGUGGAAGUUGUCAGCUUUUGGAUCAUGAUCGACAAGAGACACAGAGCGUAGCAGAGUGUGAACCGGUCCACCUUGCAAGAGGGCUGCGCCUUAUCAUAGUUGCCGGGCCUCUCUCUAUCUGCUUGCACUGAGAAGAAGAACAACCAAGAGGAAGAAGAUGUCGCAUGUUCAAGGUCUUGGGUUGCGUGCGUGUCUCACAUGUGGAGGCUUGAAGCCUGGGCGCUGGUUCCGUUCGAUUUGCAAGAUGCUACGAGCAACACCUGCAGCCGCAUGUCUGACAGAUGGGCAACCGAUGAGGCUGACUAUGCGCCUGUCAUCCGGAACGUCCUGCCUGCUAUUGAUUGGGCGCCUGUUCAGUGUCCGCCUUGUGAGUGGUUGCCGUCUCUUUGCAGAGGAGGCCCGCCUCUUCCACCACAGCACCAGCGCCGGCGGCCGAUCUCCAUGCUGUUGCAACGGUGUAAGAAGUGCCCGCCUCUCUUUCCCGCGUAAUGCUGUUGCUGGUGUUGCGGGUCAAGAAGGAGAGCUUCCCCCUGGCGCUGUUUUUGCUGCAAACGGAGCACCAGGCGAAGGAGGUGCUGAAGAAGCGAAAGGCAAGGGCAAAAAAGGAGGCGGGGGGAAGCCAAAGGCAAAGCGAAGGCCAAGGCGAGGGCGCGCGCUGCGCCAUACUGAAAGAACUCACGCCACAGAAUAACAGGGCUGACAGACGUGCUCCAUCCUUUUCCAUUUUCUUCGCCGGAUGUUUUCGGGCGGCGUGCCCUUUCCAUUUUCUUCAGCGAGUGCGUUGCUCUGUCUUCUCGCGUGCUUUAUUUUGAAACGCCGCCCCCUCGUGCGCGUGGGGCAUUCCCGCCCACGACCAGACUGACCCUAGUCAAUUUCGCAAGCAAUCAGUAGUCCUCUGCUAGACCCGCCUGGUGGCUCUUUUUAUUCAGCCCCAUGGCGUUCCUUACCUACUACCCAUGAGCUCUUUCUAUCUCUAUCUCAAUGCACCCAGCACGCACCGCACUAGUUCAUCUGAGGAGGCACCUCCGGCACGUUUUCAACGGGAAAACGCUUCAAAGAUGACUUUCAAGAUGAAUCUAGGUAAGGUCUAAUGACGCCAGCACUACUGGCGCACCAGCUAAUCCUGUAGCUACCAAGAACAACGCUUUGGCUGGCGCGGCCUUGAAAGGUAUCAUGGCUAUGGCAGAAAAGGGACAUCUGGCGCCUCCAAAUCAUCCUCCUCUCGGUGGAAAAGACAACACGGCUUCCUCGCUGCAACAACAGGCUUCGCCUAGUACUGCAGCCGGAGCCUCUUCUAGCUCUACUGGUGCAAAUAGUACGAAAGGCCUCUCUCGUACUAGUGCAGCUACAUCUGCAACUAUUUCGUCUGUAGCAAACAUAAUCAAAGGGAGUCUUGGAUCUGCUGCACAAGGCGAUAUCAGCAAAGGCUCUUCUGCAAAAGGCGAGAGCGAGGGCAAAAAAGGCACUGCAGCAGCAGGGGUUCUGCCUCCGACUGCAGCGAAGGCGGGUUCGCGGCUCUCUUCGAAAUCUCCAGAAGCCGCUGAUGACAUUGACGGGGAACCUGUUGGUGGAGCAACUACUACCCAGCGUACUGGUACUACUACUACUAGUGCGGCAGGUACAGUGAGGCUCCUGAAGACACAACGCACAUCGGUUGCAGGUACUGCUACGCAGAGGCGAACGGCGAUAGGAGAAGUGACAACGGGACACGGAAGUGUGGAAGGCACUUCUAGAACUUCUAAGACAGUGACCGCGCAGCCAUCCGCGCAGUCCGGUCAGUCACAGCAGCAGCAAGGAAAUGGAGCACCAGGAGUACAGGGUUCCCCACAACAGAUACAGGGUGCCCAGCAAACGCCAACGCAGGGAUCGCCACAACAAGUGCAGGCUCAACAGCAGGGUACAACUAACGUGAACAACAUGAGGCAGCCAGUGCCAGGCGGACAGCCCCUGCCACAGGAUUUCCAACAACUGCAGAUGCAGCAGCAACAGAUGCAGCAGCAGUUUUACAGCCAAAUGGCAGUGGGAGGCAUCCCACCGCAGGACCCGAACCAGACGUAUGCCUACCUGCAGCAGCAAAUCCUGAUCGCGCAGCAGCACAUGCAAAAAUAUCAGAUGGGCGCUGCAAAUGCCGAAGAUCCGGCACAGCGACUACAGCAGGAGCAAGACUACGCCCAGUGGCAAACCUACAUGGUUCAGUGCAACGACUACCUCAUGUGCAUGCAGCAGCGACAGCAGCAAGCCGCACUCGCACAACAUCAGAUGGAGAUGAUGCACCAGCACAGUCAGGUGUUCCAGGUACAACAACAUAUGGAGCAGGUGGCGCAGUACCAGCAGCAGAUGCAGCAGGGUGGACUACCUACAACAGGAGCGGUGGAGCAGGCGCAGGCCACGAGGAGCGAAACCACGAUGGCCCCACCGCCACCACCGACCGAAGGCUAA